CCGGUUCACACCUCUUGACCAUGACCAGCAGCGUCGACGCCAUGACGGUCGGUCUGGACGAGUUCUUCCUCGCGUUUCCGGACGACGUCGAAGCCUUUUUCACCCUCGCCUAUGGCGCGACCCACUGGGGUGCCAUCAAAUCUGCCCUCGCGCGCCCGCCCGCGUACACGUCCGUUCGAGUCAACACCCUCGUCACCACGCAAGACAAGCUCGUGGUGGCUCUGAAUGCAGCGCUCGUUGACUUCAACGCCCGACUUCAAGCGCAAGGUCGACCGACCAUUGCCGCUGUACCGCACUCGAGUCUAACCGAUGUCGUGAUCGUGCCGUCGGCACCUCGGGUGACCGCUCCCGUGGACGCCACCACGACCAAGAAGAUCAUCGUCGAUCGUCUCUGUGGGGAAGCUGUGCUUCGAGGCAGCGAUAUCUUUGCGCGUGGCAUCAUGUGCGCCAGCAGCGCCUUGAACGCUGGCGACCGCGUGUUGGUGUAUGUGGACUUGGACCAUUCGGCAACUCGGGGCAGCGACGCCGAGCUCCACGCGGGUCGAAAGGUGCUUUUGGGGGUGGGCACGGCCGCCAUGCCGCGAAGUGAAAUGUUUCGAGCGCUCAAAGGCCUAGCGGUGGCGGUGCAAUCUCGGUUGUGUGCGGACGCGCCGCCACUGAACGGGGUCUUGAGUGGCGACAUGUACAUGCAAAACACCCCGUCCAGUGUCGUAGCCCACGUGUUGAGCCCCCAGCCAGGCGACACGGUGCUCGACAUGUGCGCCGCGCCGGGCGGCAAGACGUCGCAUCUGGCCACCCUUAUGCAGAACCGAGGCACGUUGAUCGCGUGCGACCGAAGCCGUCGAAAAGUGCUGGAAAUGAAAGCAUUUUUUGAAUCCGUGAACUUGUCCAUCAUCGUGCCCAUCAAGCUCGACUCGACGCAGUCUGUGCUCCCCAAGCAAGAUAUCGUUCCGUCCGUGCAUCAAGUGAUCACCGACGCCCUAGCCAAAGACCCCCAAGCCAAACUGCUUCCCAUUACCGGAUUCGGCGCGGAGACCUUUGACAAGAUCUUGUUGGACCCGCCUUGCUCGGCGUUGGGGCUGCGACCGCGCCUCGUGCACGCAUGCAACUUGACCGAGCUGGAGCAGUACUCAAACAUGCAGCGGAACUUUCUGUGGGCGGCCGUGUUCCUGCUUAAACCUGGCGGCACCCUCGUCUACUCGACGUGUACGGUGAACCCGAAGGAGAACGAGCAAAUGGUCGCGCAUGCUCUGGACGCGUACCCGCUGGAGCUGGUGGGACAGAACCCCGUCCUUGGCGAGCCCGGACUGCUCAACCAAGGCCUGUCGGCCGACCAAGCCGCCAAAGUCCAACGCUUUGACCCGGCCAGUGCCAGCGACACGAUGGGGUUCUUCUGCGCCAAGUUUGUCAAGACCAAGUCGAUUCGAGAGACCACUAGUAGUCAAAACAACUAACGAUGAAAACGUGUGGGCUGGAUGGUGUCGAGGCUGUGUCCUGUGCGCGCAGUGUUGCCGUAGUCUUGCACACAUUAACAGUAAGGAUAUUAACAGUAA